CAAGCUCCACCAACUAUUGGCUUCAAAAAAGCUCUUCGCAAACCCAUGGGUGAUGUCACAGAGACAUCCAUAUUUCUUUACAGUCUAUGGGAUGGUCAAUAUUUUUCCUUUUGUCUGCAGACUGUCUUCGACACAAAGAUGUUUUGGAGAAUUCUUUUCAUCAGUAUCUCACUGAAUUUAUGGUUCUGUGAGUCUUUUAAAAUGAAGGAGUUAUUUUUUGAUAAAGAGUUAUCUGAACAUUUUCUGAAGAUGUUUGGAUAUAAUGCUCGAAGCUGCAAAGAAAUUCAGGAGAAGUACAACAUUAAUGAUGAUGGCCUAUACUAUCUGACCACAGAAAAUGGGGUGAUUUACCAGACGUUCUGUGAUAUGACCACUGCGGGGGGAGGCUGGACGUUGGUGUCCAGUGUGCACGAAAACAACAUGUAUGGAAAAUGCACUGUUGGUGAUCGCUGGUCAAGUGAGCAGGGCAAUAACCCCAACCGUCCUGAAGGGGAAGGAGCGUGGUCAAACACAGUCACGUUUGGUACAGUAUUGGGUGCUACCAGCGAUGACUACAAGAAUCCUGGAUACUUUGACAUUGCAGCACAAGAUGUGUCUGUGUGGCACGUUCCUAAUAACAUUCAGAUGGAGCAGUGGAAAUCUGCCUCAUUCCUGCGAUAUCACACUACAUCUCACUUCUUAAGUGACAACGGUGGAAACCUUUUCAAAUUAUUUAAGAAAUACCCAGUGACUUUUGGAAUAGGGGAGUGUCGCAAGGAUAAUGGACCUUCUAUUCCAGUAGUGUAUGACAGUGGUGAUGCAGAAUACACCAAAACCCUUUAUGGUCCUCAUUCAAGAGGGGAAUUUCAGUCUGGGUUCGUCACAUUCAGAGUCUUCAAUAAUGAGAAAGCUGCCAUGGCUGUUUGUUCUGGUGUUAAACCAACUGGAUGUAACACUGAACAUUACUGUAUUGGUGGAGGUGGACACUUUCCAGAGGCCACACCUAAACAGUGUGGAGAUUUUGCAGCAUUUGACUGGACUGGUUAUGGUACUGGUGUAGGCGCUAGAGCAUCAAACACUCUAAUUGAAGCAGCAGUACUUAUGUUUUAUCGCUGACCAUCUAUUUUCAGAAAAUCAAACCAGACAUCAUUUCAGAAUCAUCAGCAUGUAUGCCUUUACUGUACGUUAUGUCUUUAUCUAAACAUCACCCUUAUGAAAACUACUACACUUAAAACCAACAAAUAACCAUGGUUCGUGUAGUUAAACCAUGGUAACCACAAAAUAACAAUGGUUUUGAGAACCAUGGUUUUCAAAAACUACAGUUAAACCAAGGUUAGUGUAGUAAAACCAUAGUUUUGCUGGUAGUAAUCAAAACACCAAAAAAAACUUCUACACUUUUACCACAAUAAAACCAUGGUUAAUUUUCAUAAAGGCAGUUAAGUGACAUGAAACACCCCUGUUUCACACCUCCAGUUUGAAAAACUUUUCGAAAAGGGCCGUUGUUUGCUGGGGGUAUGUAAGAAUUAAAAAUAUAAGAAUUUAUUACUUGGUCACAACCCCCUGUGCUGAUAGUGAUCAAAGACUAUUGUCACAGCUGUUUAACCAAUACAGUGGGGGUUAAAGGGGAUCUUUUGAUUGGUCAAUUUGAAUGUAUCAAGUUAGGUUUAGUCACAUGGUCAAGGGAUAGAGGAUAAAGGUCAAUGUUUUCAUGAGCUCUGGGGUUCAGGCUAUUAGGCCUGGAUUCCAGUUCUCAAGUCUGAAUCUCUUUCUUCUAAAACUUUUUUCUUUCUUUCUUUCUUUCUUUCUUUCUUUCUCUAUCUUAUCAGGUAAUCUCUUACAUACAUUGUUUGUGUUAUUUACCAUUUCAUGCAUUUAGUGUAACCAGUUCAAUUGUAACUUUAAGUCAGUACUGUUAUU